AUGACCUUCAUUGCUAAGACCUUCUAUGACUUGAGGGCCACCUCACUAGAAGGGGACUCUGUAGACUUCAAUGUCUUCAGGGGACGAGUGGUCCUGAUAGAGAAUGUGGCCUCCCUCUGAGGCACCACCACCCGGGACUUCAGCGAGCUGAAUCAGCUGCAGAGCAAGUACCCCCAUCGGCUGGUGGUCCUGGGCUUCCCUUGUAAUCAGUUUGGAUACCAGGAAAACUGUACCAAUGGUGAGAUUCUGCAUUCACUGCAGCACGUGCGACCAGGAGGCGGCUUCAAGCCCAACUUCACCUUGUUUGAGAAGUGCGAUGUCAACGGAGCAAACACACAUCCAGUCUUUGCCUAUCUCAAAUACAAACUCCCUUAUCCCGAAGACGACCCAAGUUCCCUCAUGCAGGAUCCCAGAUUUCUUGUUUGGAGUCCAGUUAGCAGGGCGGACGUCUCUUGGAACUUUGAGAAAUUUCUCAUCGGGCCGGAGGGAGAGCCCUUUAAGAGAUACAGCAGGAAUUUUCCAACUAUUGACGUAGAGCCUGACAUCCAAAGGCUGCUAAGAUUAACAAAGACCUAAGAAUAGUAUCCACUUCCUAAUGGCAUUUCAUUCAUUACUGUCAAAGCUGACAUGGUGACCUUCACACUUUUAAGCCUUAAUAAAUGAGGGUGAUAUUCUAAAACCUUGGCGGAAUAUCACCUGAAGUCAAAUAAGUGCUUAAAAUUAGUGGAUGUUAUUUUUAUUUUUCAGUAAUUUUCUCUUUUUUUUCUUUCAAAUGACAGUGUAUUAUAGAAUAUGAAAACUUAUUCUGUAAAUUUUGUUUCUUGUCUUACAAAUGUGCUACCAGCAGAGGGUGCUACCCAACUAAUCAUGCAAAUAGAAACUCCAGUCAUGCUUUUAUGAAUUGGCAUUCCAAGCGAAAUCAAGAAUGCACAGAAAUAAAAUCUUGAAACUCACA